AUGAUAGGAGGAAAACUGGAUAAGGGUUGGAUGUUCCUGGCUGAUAGAUGGUGUGAUGAAUAUAGGAAUGGACUAGAGAAAUUUUUGACAAUGGCAAAACAGCACAAAGGUGAUAAACCAAAGAUUAGAUGUCCAUGCAGAAAAUGCAGAAAUGUGAAGUACUACUCUGUUCAUGUUGUUGAGAGUCAUCUGCUGUAUAAGGGGAUGGAUAGUACUUAUACAUAUUGGAAAUUUCAUGGGGAAACUCUACCUAAUGAAAAUUCAAAUGUUCAUUCAUGUUGUGAUAAUGAGCAUGAAAUUAAUGCUAACAAUGCAGAAGUAAAUGAUGACGAAAUGCAAGAAAUUUUAGAAGACAUCUAUUGGGGGACCUUUAAUGAAGAAGAAUUAAAUGGUGGGAGUAAUAAGGAGGUUUCUUCUAGAAAAGAAGAUGAGUUAGAAAAAUUUGAUAGAUUAUUUAAAGAUGCUAAGCGGGCCUUAUAUCCUAGCUGCAAAAAGUAUUCAAUAUUACUUUUUGUUGUAAAAUUGCUACACUUGAAGGUACUCAAUCGAUGGAGUAAUAAAUCUUUUACCAUGCUUCUUCAACUAUUGAAGGACUCCUACCCCGAUGAUAACUUACUUCCAUCCUCUUACUAUGAUUCAAGAAAGUUAUUGGGGGGCAUUGGGUUGCGAUGUGACCUGAUUCAUGCAUGCAAGAAUGACUGUGUUCUCUUUUGGAAGGAAUAUGAAGGAUUGGAUCAUUGUCCAAAAUGUUUUCAAUCUAGAUGGAAAAUAAAUGAUGGCAAAAGUAAAAAAAUUCCUCAGAAGAUUCUUCGCUACUUUCCUUUGAAACCAAGACUGCAGAGACUAUUUAUGUCAAGAAAAAUAGCAUCUUAUAUGAGAUGGCACAAGGAAAAAUGA